GUAUAUAUGUAUAUAUUUAUAUGGUAUGCACGUACAUGUUAUUUAUCCCUGGGUUUAUGUGUAUGUGUGCAUGUUGUUUGUCCCUGGCUAUUUCUGAAGCAUCUGUUAAUAUCUGUCACAGCACAGAGGAAAUGUUGCUUUGAAGGUAUCUCAGACCUAACUUUCUUACUGAAUAGUUCAACAUAUGGCACAAUCAUCUUCCAGCCACUAGAAGUGCCCAGAAACCUGAAUUCUUUCUUUAGAUUCUCAGUAGGUUAGAACUCACUAUGCAGCCUGAGCUACCUGGGAUUCAGUCUUCCUGCCUCAGGCUAGUAAAUGGUGGGAUUACAGGCUUGAGACACUAUACCUGGUCUUGGCCCCUCUAUCUUCCAAACCUUUAUCAAGUAGGUCUCUAAGUCUUGUUCAGCUUCUGUAUCUUGGGUCCUAUUCCUCAAGCCAUUACAGUCUCUCACCUGAAUGACUGUGGACCCACCUCUUCUGCAUACCACUCUGCCUGGGAGACAGACCUUCCAGCCAUGCUGCGGCUUUGGCUCAGACCAUGGGUGGUUUGGCUGUUCUGCUAUAGGUAUGUUUUCUCUUAGUAUCCAUUAGUGUUCCAGGGUCUGGCAUAGACUUUUAAAUGUGGGUGCAUAGAAAUACCUGGGGCAUUAAAUAAAGCCAUAUUCCUGGAGAUUUUGACUGGAUCUGUCAUAGGAUUCAUCUUCCGAGGCUAAUUGAGCUAUACCUGGAGGUCACAGCCAUUGGUCUGCUGGCCCUAAACCACCGUCAGCCUCUGCAAGGCCAUGCCCUCUCACCCCAUCUCUGUCACUCAGAUCACAUUCCUCUGAGCUCCCUGCCUCUUCUGGCCCCUCUCUCUGGUCUUAGUCGUUGGUCUUUUCCUUGUGUUUACUUUCCUCUGAUUUAUCAUGCUGUUUACCUGUUGUUACUUCACACUGAACUAGGAGGCCAUUGGAAGAAAACUUUAAUGUGAGACCUGUUUAGCAGUCUGCAUAGCACACAGUAGAUUUUUAAGUAUUUGUGAAAUAAUGAAGGGAAUUUUCUGCUGUGACUUUCAGUGAGGAACAAUCUUCCCUUCUUUGUGCAUUCCUGUGACCCCAUUCAAACAUUUUUGCCGUCAUUACUAAUUUGCAAGAACAACCAAAACUGGUUUGGGCAAUCCAUUCCGGAAUAAAAACAGUUAGUGAUUGAACGUCAGGCAAAUUCAAGAUACUUGACUUCAUCUGUAAAACAUGGGGUGGUAUUUACUGCACAGUGGUAUUGUUGAAAUCCAAUAAAAUAGCUCUUGUAAGCUGCCUGGCCCAUGACCAGUGCUACAUUUGAGUUCCUGUCUUUUGGGAGACUGUGACAGGGCUAAAUACUUUGCAUGCAAAGUCCAGCUCUCCUGUUCAUUAGCUGUGUGCCUGGGUCAUCUUAUGAUCCUCGGAAGCCUCAUUCGGAGAAUGGACAAAUCAUGAUAGUCCUUAAUGUUAUUACUGAAGGUCACUUGAUUGUAGCUAUACUAAAAUUUUGUCUCAUGUUCUGAAAACAAUCUUGAAUAAUCUGAAGGUUAUCAUUUGUAUGGAAGUACCGUACCCUUUUAGCCCGUUUUCUACACUGGCACAGUAACCAGAGAGUUGCAUUCCUUAGCUCUGCAGGCCAGUCUCUCCCCCUGCCCUCAGUGGUGUAUACCAAAGGCUGUCCUCCAUAACCAUGUAGUUACAUUCUGAGCACAUGCUUUCCCUGUGUAACGUGAACACUGCCCACCUCCUCUCUACCUCAGCUAGGUAGUCUUUUCAGGAUGUUCAGAGAGGCCACAGCCUUGGCCUGUCCUGCUCCAAAAGGACAAAAUGGACUCAGCUUUGUGAAAGUUGAAGAAGAAAAUGUUUGGAGGCAGGACUUCAGUCUUCAGGGAAACCUCCAGAGCCAGGAGGUUUUCCGCCAGCAGUUUAGACAGUUUGGCUACUCUGACUUCACUGGGCCUCGGGAGGCUCUGAACCAACUGCAGAAGCUUUGUCAGCAGUGGCUGAGGCCAGAGGAGCGCUCCAAGGAGCAGAUCCUGGAGCUGUUGGUGCUGGAGCAGUUUGUGGCCAUCCUGCCUAUGGAGCUGCAGGCCUGGGUGCAGGAGCGCAGACCUGGAAACGGAGAGGAGGCUGUUACUCUGCUGGAGGAGCUGGAGAGAGAAUUUGAUGAACCUAAACAGCAGGACACAGCUCUUGGCCAAGAAAUGACACCCAUGGGAACACAGAAACCUCUGAGUAGCCCACUGCCGUCCUUGGAGGACCAUUGCAGGAGUGAACCCCAGGAGCCUCAGGUUUUCCAUGAGAGAGAUGGGGCAACCCUACCAUUUAGGGUUGAGGAUGAAGACAGGGUCUCACUAAGUAGCUCUGGCUGUCUUGGAAUACACUGUGUCAACCAACCAGAAUGGCCUGAAACUCACAGAAAUCCACCCGUCUCUGCUUCUUGAAUACUGGGACUAAAGGCAUGCACCACUAUGCCCAACAAGUGCACUAUUUUUAUGCCUUGAUUAUAUACUAGUGCUUUGUUGGGCAUUUUAUUUAUGUUUUUUUUUUUUGAGAUAGGGUCUCAGUAUAUAACCCUGGCUGG